UUUCUAUGAAACCACUUUUCACCAUUUUGCACUGAAUUUCAGGUUUUUUUAUUAGAUAGAUUCCAUGGAUCUGAAACGUCAAUGCACAUGUUAUAUAUACAAAUUUUGUUAUAUGUAGAGUAUUCAAAGUUUUACAUGCGUGUUACAACUAUAUAUAUAUACACGCUCAUACAACUAGGAAGAACUAAAUUGCCCUAUUUCAGAGAAAAUGGAUUUCAAAUCUGUUCUCAUUUUGUGUUCUUCUCUUCUCUUUGUUCUGCAACCCCAUUUCAUUUCUGGACAGACUUCAGUUGUGAAAGGCGUUUACUGGUUUUAUGACAGUGCAUUUGAAGCUUCAGCCAUAAAUUCCUCCCUUUUCACUCACCUCCUCUGUGCCUUUGCGGAUCUUGAUCCCAACACUUACCAAGUCACAAUCUCAUCCUCCAACCAGGCCCCCUUCGCCUCCUUCACACAAACUGUCCAGCAAAAUAACCCAUCAGUUAAAACCCUCCUGUCAAUCGGCGGAGGAGGAUCCAGCAGCUCAGAUUUUGCUUCAAUGGCUAGCCAAUCUACUUCGCGAAAAUCCUUCAUCGAUUCCUCUAUAAACAUAGCCAGAUCUUACAACUUCAAUGGCCUCGACCUUGAUUGGGAAUUCCCUUCAGAUUCUUCUGCAAUGGCAAACUUCGGAACCCUCCUCAACGAAUGGCGAUCUGCCAUUGAUUCUGAGUAUUCUAUGAACACUUCCAGGCCGAAGCUGCUUCUAACGGCAGCCGUCUAUUACUCUUCAGUUCAUGACGGGUUGAGUUAUCCGAUUCAAGAUAUUGCAAACAGCCUGGAUUGGAUUAAUGUAAUGGCUUAUGAUUUUUACGGGCCUGGCUGGUCUGAUGUAACAGGGCCUCCUGCUGCUUUAUACAAUCCUGGAAACCAAGUUAGUGGGGAUUCCGGGGUGUCAGCUUGGCUCCAGGCUGGUUUGUCGGCAAAUAAAAUAGUGCUUGGCAUGCCAUUUUACGGCCGCGCAUGGCUGCUGGCGGAUGCUGAGAACCAUGGUCUUUUUGCUGCAGCUACUGGAGCUGCUACGCUGGCUGGUGGGGCUCCAACUUACAGUCAGAUCAAAGAAUUUAUAAGCGAAAACAGUGCCACCACCACAACAGUUUAUAAUGAAACUGUUGUUUCAAAUUAUUUGUAUAAUGAUACAACAUGGAUUGGAUAUGAUGAUAUUCAGAGUAUUUCUGCCAAGGUUUCGUAUGCUAAAUCAAAGGGAUUGCUUGGCUACUUUGCUUGGCAAGUUGGUGGUGAUUCCGCUGGGAUUCUUUCUACUCAAGCAUUUGAGACAUGGGGGGCAUAGAGUAAGACAAAGAUGAUGCUUACAAGAAGUAGAAGACAAAAGGGAAGAGUCAGAAAUGCCAGCCGGCAUUUUUGCGUCGUUUCUGUAAGAAGGCAAUUAAGAAAUGAUAAAUAAAUGGUUCCGCAUUCGAAGCAUAAAUAAGUGGUGUCAAUUAUUGGUGAGUAGUUAAUUUGUGUGCUUGUGAGAGUUUCAGGAAACAAUAAACAGAUUUAUUGUUUGGCCUCAUGAGGUGUCAUUGGGUAAUUUCCACCCAAAAGUUAGUUCAAGAGGUAAUGUAUUUCGUUACUUAAAUAUCCAUAUGCCCAUUUCAAUGA